CCAUCAUUACAAUGAUGCUGAUCACCUAUACAUUCCAUUGCACAUGGGUAACAUCAGAAGCAUACAGUUCACCAAGCAUUGUCUUGUCGGCUAGAUCUCAUGAUGGUGGCCGUAUUAUAUUUGAUGAUUUUAGAGAAGCAUAUUACUGGCUCCAAAUGAAUACACCAGAGGAUGCUCGUAUAAUGUCUUGGUGGGAUUAUGGCUAUCAAAUAACAGCGAUGGCUAAUCGAACUAUUCUCGUGGACAACAACACGUGGAACAACACUCACAUCUCUCGAGUUGGUCAGGCGAUGGCUUCAUCAGAGGAGAAGGCAUAUGAAAUCAUGCGCGAGCUGGAUGUAGACUAUGUGUUGGUGAUAUUUGGAGGACUAACAGGCUACUCUUCCGAUGAUAUAAAUAAGUUCCUUUGGAUGGUCCGUAUUGGUGGCAGUACUGAUCGAGGUGCACACAUCAAAGAGAAAGAUUACUAUGCAGCAAAUGGAGAGUUCCGAGUUGACAAGGAAGGCUCACCCACCUUGCUGAAUUGUCUGAUGUACAAAAUGUGCUACUAUCGAUUUGGUCAAGUCUAUACCGAGGGUGGAAAACCUGCUGGUUAUGACCGAGUACGUGCCGCCGAAAUUGGCAAUAAAGACUUUGAGUUGGAUGUCUUGGAAGAGGCGUACACAACAGAACAUUGGCUUGUAAGGAUCUACAAAGUAAAGGACUUACGAAACCGUGGAGUUUAAUUUUAUUAACCCAGCCUAGUCGUCCGCCCUAACCGAGCCGUCUCUACUCUCAAUCACCAGCUCACAACAUAUACUUCACACCACACACAAAAGCAUUAUUUUAGUUAACAUUUUUUUUUAUGUAUUUAAUCUACAACUCUUAUUAUAAUAUAGUAUUCAUAAAGAUUUUUUUUUAUAACUGAUGAACAAAGAAAAAGUCUCGACAUUUUUACAACUUA